AUGUUUUGUGGAAGGAAGCCCGUGUGGGCAAAUCUGGAGUUCCACAAGAAGAAGUUUUAAACGUAUACCAGAAAUGUGUAAGUAUAACAUUUUUUCAUUAAUUGAAUAACAUUUUUAUACACAAAUAUUUGACAAGUAUACGGUAUUCAUCUGAUUUUUCAGGAGGAGCUAUCUCAGUCUCUAUCUCCCGAUGAUACUAAGAGCAUACUUAGUCGGGCAUUAGAUGUCCCUGAGUAUUCUGGUCGGGUGAGGGGUAAGGGAUUUGGAGUCACUCCGACCUCCCUCAGUGUUAAAAAAGGAAAGGCUCCUAGUAAUCGGGAGCUUCAUGCAAGAUUGGAAGCCAUGCAAGCUGAGCUUGAUGCACUGAGGAGAGAAAGAGAGGCUAGCGCCUCAACGGUAUACAGAGAUGCUUCGGACAAAAACAGUAUCAACUGUACCUUUCAGCCGAACAUUCCAGAGGUAAUUACAUAUAAUUGUCUUAAAUUGAACUAUUUGCUUAAAUUAUGUAUUUGACAUAUAUACACAUUAACGAUUUCUUGUUAUUAUUGGUUUUAGGGCAUUUCCCAUUGUCAGCUGUAUUUGUCGUCACCAUACUAUCGGAUGGUUGGCAAGGGAAAAGUGCAUAACGUUAGCGGAGUAUUACUCCACACUAGAGAGCUCCCUGCUGGAUGUUUGAAGGUAUCAGUUGAUAUUGCAGUUGAGCUGAAUGCAGCAUUACCAUAUCCUAGCGAUGAUUCGGAUGCAACAACGGUGCACGAAGCAGUAGGUUCGUUUGUUGCAUGGCCGACAAACCUCAUAUGCGUAGGAUAUGAGACUCCCACAAAAUCCAAAUCAAAAGAAAAUGAGGUUAGCAAUGCCUCCGCACAACAAAAAAAGGAGGUUAGCAACGCCUCCGCACGGGUAAAAAGUUCUGGUGCUAAGAAGACCGUAGCUAGGAAAAAACCUACCGCCAAGUAUAGGUCGUGCCUCAGGACAUUUAUAGAGAUGACCGAUAUACCGACCGGAGGUGUUCGGAAUGUACAUAUGGAGGUAGGGAUUUUCGGCUUUGAUUACGACCAAAUGAUUGGUAAUGAAGACUUCAUGCAAGUUUUUGGUCAUGAAGAAAUCGGCGUCAACGUUGUCAAUACAUAUAUUAGGUAAAUCCGGUCUACUUUGUUUUAUUAAUUAAACAACUUAUGUUAAUGAUGUUUACUUUAUGUUAAUCCGGUUUA